GCCCCAUCUAAUCCAUCGUGUGCCUCCGCCCCAAGGAAGCCCUUGUUCUCCAUCGCCGGCCGCCAACACCUCAACGCGAUCGUUCAACAUGUCUGUGGUCGUAGAUUGCAGGAAGAGGAACGCCUCGGUGCUUAUCGACGACGCCUUCUACGAAUCGCUGCCGUCUCUCUCGAAGAGGAUCCGCCUCUCAGACUCCGCUGCUCUCCUGGCAUCGCCGCAUCCGCCGCCGCAGAGCCCACUUGAUCUUCUUCGGGCUCGGUUUCCCGAUCUGGACGUUGAGCUUGUACAAAGAGUUUUUGAGACAACUGGUAGUAACUUGGACGUUGCCAUCAAGAAUUUGAUUGAACUUGUAUCGACAUCACAUGGAUCACAAGGGAAGGGUCUGGAUUCUAUUUUGGUGAAUGAUUCAGGGCCCAUUGCCCCAGAUGUUCCUGUGCCAUCUGAAGGAAUGCUUAAUACUACAAUCAAUCUCCCAGUUGAUGGACCAGGAUGGGUGGAACUUCUUCUGAAAGAAUUAACAUCGGCUUCUGACAUGAAUGAUGCAAAAACCCGUGCGUCAAAAAUCUUGGAGAUGUUUGAGAAAUUUGUGGCUGCUCAUGCCAUUCACGAACCGCUUGAUAGUCUUUGCAAGGAAAACAAGAAUUGGAAGGAGCAAGUUGAAGUGCUGCUUCAUGAGAACAACAUCCUCAAACGAGCUGUCGCCAUCCAGCAUGAGCGCCAGAAAACUUUCGACACCCAGGACACAGAAGUGCAACAGCUGAAGCAGAUGCUUUCUCAGUACAAAGAGCAGAUAAAGAUACUUGAGAUGAACAAUUAUGCACUGGGGAUGCAUCUCAAGUUGGCUCAGGAGAGCAGCUCAAUUCCUGGACACCCCCACCCGGAUGUCUUCUAGCCCAUUUAUGCCGAUGCUGCCAUAUUGGCAUUGUGUUUUUUUUUUGCCCUUUGUUAUUUUCUGGUGGAUCAUUAGUUGAUUGUAUUUCACCGGGCGAACAUUUCCAAUACUAUUAGUUUCUGCCUUUCUGCCGAGGUAUCAAUUUUAUAUUUCAUCAAGUUUGUGUAUAGAUUCUGUGUGGGACCGAGUUUCGAUGUUGUAGAAGGGGAGUUGAGCCUUUUCUGCA